AUGGACUGGACCGAGGCCCAGGCAGGCAGGGUGGGAGCCGGAGUGGGGAAGGCGGGAGGCACGGGAGCCCGGCCGCCCACAGCCACGCAGCGCCGGCGGGGCAGGUGGAGGUGGGCUCGGCCCUGGGCCCUGCUCCUGCUUCUCCUGGGUCCCCAGCUCCUGGAGGCGCGCGGCUGGGGUCUCCAGAGGGAAGUGAGCGCGGAGGACCAGAGGGUGCUGGAAAGGUACUUACCUGCCACCGUGGAGUACGCCGUACACGAGUUCAACCUGAGGAGCCAGGACGAGAACGCCUACAAGGUGAAGCGUGUCCUGAGGUCCUGGAGGGAGCCGGUGGACACCGCCAUGGUGUUCUCCACGGAGCUGCAGCUCACCCGCACCAGGUGUGGGAAGUUUGACGAAGACAUUGACAACUGUCCGUUUCAAGGACGUCCGGACGUGAACAACACCGUCACCUGCCUCUUCACCAUCAGCACUGAACCCUGGAGAACAGUGUUUGAGCUCCUGAACAACACGUGCUCAGAGGGGCUCCUCUGAGGGAGACCACGGCCCCGCCUGGCCUCUGCUGUCCUGCCCCUGGCCACCAGCGAGGCCUGUUGUGGCCCUCUGGUGGCGGAGCAGCUCCGGUUCUGUUCCUUCACGAGCAGGUGUCUGGGGGGGUCACAUCCGGGCGAGGUGGAAAUUGCUCCCUGUCCAUUUCCCCCCGUAGAAUCGGCCAUUAAACACCAGCA